AUGAAGUUCAUUGAUUUGAAGGAUCUUCAGCGAUUCCUUGCCAAAGAUGAUGCCGAGAAGGCUUUGAGCUUGAUCAAAGGAAAGUCCAAGGACAAAAUCAGCAAUACACUUUUUUCAUUCAAUGGAUUACCGAGGGAACUCCUCGGAAUGAUCGCCGUCUGUUUGUUCUCCGUCAUCGAACUCAAAAGUUUCCGUAGCGUCUGCCGUUCUUGGCGCUCCUCCGCUUUCGACAAUCCUUUCCGGAGCCGACCUCUCAUCGAGCUCAAACUCCUCGACCCAACUGAAAAUGCCUCCCAACAAGGAAACGCGUUCCUCUCAGGUGCCGCCUUCUUCCGCGUCACUCCCUCCUCCUCGCCGAACCAAGGGUGGCUGAUCAAAUCCGACACCGAUCUCAACUCGGGGAAAUUUCGUCUUCUCGACCAUUUCUCGCGCAUCCCUUUGAAACACAGGUGCAAGAGCAUCAAUCUCUUGCGUUUCAAUGUCUCCGAGAUUCAAGAAGCCUACGUGGUUCACGACAGGCGCAUGGACGAACCAGAUCCCGGAUUCAAAAGAGUGGUUCUUGCCACCGUCCAAGGAGGAGAUCAUGCUUUGGGAGUCGGCUGGGACGGGAGGAUCAGGUUUUGGAGUGGUCGAAUCUGGACCAUACUCAAAGACCAGCUUGCUGAGUUCACCGACGUUGUAAUCCACGGAGGGCUAACUUACGCCUUGGCUUCGGAUGGGUCAGUUUGGUGGAUAAGCUCCUCUCUUUCCAUCUUCAAGUACGGACCACCAUUAGAUGAAAGCAUCACUGAGGGUGAUACCUUGGAUCCUAAUGUUUUUUAUGUUUGCGCUGUCGACGAUGAUGGGAACCAGAUAGGCGAAACAUCUCCCAAAACGAUCGGUUUCAAGGUUUACAAGAUGGAUGAGGAUAUGGGGAAAUGGGUUGAAGUUAAGUCAUUGGGAGACGACGCCUUUGUGAUGGCUACCGAUACUUGUUUCUCGGUUUCGGCCGGUGAGUUCCAUGGAUGUUUAAAAAAUGCAAUCUACUUCGCUGACAAGGAAUGUAAGAUCAGGGUGUUCAAGCUUGAAGAUGCUAGUAUCACAAGAGUCACCAGUACCGAGCAGAACUGUUUCAAAAUGUCAAAGCUGCAUCAGAAGAAUGAUGAGCAAAGUGUUUCUGCCUUAGCUUCACAUAAGGGUAUCCGAAGAAGGACAAGAAAUGAGCCGGCUUUGACAACGAUUUGA